AGGGAUGCUACAGAAUGGAAAGAAGUUUGAUUCCUCCAGAGACAGAAACAAGCCUUUCAGGUUCAAGAUUGGCAGGCAAGAAGUCAUUAAAGGAUUUGAAGAAGGUGUUACACAGAUGAGUUUAGGACAAAGAGCAAAGCUGACCUGCACACCUGAGAUGGCCUACGGAGCCACAGGCCACCCUGGGGUCAUCCCUCCCAACGCUACUCUCCUCUUUGAUGUGGAGCUUCUCAGGUUAGAGUGAAUCUUCUCGAGGGAGUUGGCUGGAGACAUCUGUUCAUAACCAUCCGUUCUUUCUCGCUUUGCCAGCAGCGGGAGAAAUCUUCACUGGAAUCCCAAUCUUCCCUGCUCAAGCUGUCCUGUCAAUAGCGCCUGCCGUUCGGUUUCUUACGCCUUCCUUCUCUUUUUUUUUAAUUUUGUGGUGUCCGUAUUUGCCUUUUAUUAGAAGCUUUGCUUUGGGAAAAAUGUCUACCGUUGUAACAUUUUCAAGUUGUACAUUUUAUUUAAUUUGCAUGUAAGAAGAAUUCACAGUGAUGAUUGAAAAUAUAUA